AUGUCAAAUCAUAACAUGCUCAGAGUGAUGGUAACACCUCAAGCCAUCCAAGAAGGUGAACGACGAAUUCGUCAUGUUGUAAAGAAAACCUCUCUCGACUCGUGUUUGAGUUUUCAAAAACAUGUUCCCAAUUUCAAGGGAACACUUUUACUUAAAUGUGAAAAUGAACAAUAUACGGGAUCAUUUAAAUUGAGAGGAGCGACACAUAAAUUGAUGAAAUAUUUGAAAUCCAUGGAGGGUAAUAAUUAUAGUGAUGAUAUUCAUUCCGAUGAUCAGGAGGACCUAAAUUUAUCCAAUCAUCAUCAUCAUCAUCCAGUUCAAAAUAAUAAUUUAAAUCAUGAGGUUAAAAAAUCCGAGUCCAACAACAUGACGGAAGUCUGUACGGCCUCCACGGGUAAUCACGGAUUUGCAGUAAGCUAUGCUGCCAAGGCUCUCGGAAUAUUCUCAGCAACAGUUGUAGUUCCCGAGAAUGCGGAUCCUUCAAAAAUUGAAAAUAUUCAAAAAGUCAUGGGAGCUCAAGUGAUUCUACACGGAGAUAAUUGUUUAAAAGCAGAAAUGUAUGCAAAAGAAUAUGCACGGGAGAGGAAUAUUCCAUAUAUUUCACCAUAUAAUGACGUCGAUGUUGUAAUUGGACAGGGAAGUAUUGGAGUGGAAAUUUAUGAACAAUUGAAUGAAAUGUUGCAACAGAAAGGAAGUGUGAAUGGAAUUCCAAUGAUGCAGGAUGGAUCGAAUAUUUAUGUGUAUGUGAGCGUUGGAGGAGGAGGGUUAAUUGCAGGUAUUGCCACCUACAUGAAACAUGUUUAUCCAAAAUGCAAAAUUAUUGCAUGUCAGCCAUCGAAUAGUGCUGUCAUGUAUUAUUCAUCUCUAGCCAACAAAAUUUUGGACAAUGUCGAAGAAUUUGAUACCAUCAGUGAUGGAACUGCCGGUGGUAUUGAGGAAAAUUCUCUUACUUUUGAAAUUUGUCAAGCACUUGUGGAUCGUUAUGUGUUAUUGAGCGAGCACGAAAUUUAUGAAAUGUUGAAAUAUUUACUAAUGAGUGAAAGAUUGUUGGUGGAGGGAGCAGCUGCUUGUGCGUUGGCAGGUGUGAAGAAAGAUUCCAUGAAUGAUGUUACAGAUCAAACCAUUCGCAUUGCAGUGUUGUGUGGAAGGAAUAUUUCAGAAGCAAAAAUUAAAAAGAUUGUGAGCUAUUAG